AUGAAGUUCUCGAUUGUUCUCUCGACUCUGAUGGUCGCCGGCCUUGUAGGUGCUGCUCCUAUGGCCGAGCUUGUUUCUAAUGACAUUGGACUCUCCUCACCGCCAACUCAUAAGGACCGUGACGGACAUUCCCAGAGUGAAGAAAUCUCUACCGGACACCAGGCUCGUCCAUCAUCUAAGUACCACGACAUCCACCCCCACAAGGACAACAAGGACCACGAUGACAAGGACCACCACAAGCGAGGGGAAGCUGUCGAGACUUUGCCUGAGCACCACCAUCGCCAUCACAAGGGCGACAAGGACCACGAUGACAAGGAUCAUGACGACAAGGACCACGAUGACAAGGACCAUGACGACAAGGAUCACCACAAGCGAGCGGAAGCUGUCGAGACUUUGCCUGAGCAUCACCAUCGCCAUCACAAGGGCGACAAGGACCACGAUGGCAAGGACCACGAUGGCAAGGACCACGAUGGCAAGGACCACGAUGACAAGGAUCAUGACGACAAGGAUCACCACAAGCGAGCGGAAGCUGUCGAGACUUUGCCUGAGCACCACCAUCGCCAUCACAAGGGCGACAAGGACCACGAUGGCAAGGAUCAUGACGACAAGGAUCACGAUGACAAGGACCAUGACGACAAGGAUCACCACAAGCGAGCGGAAGCUGUCGAGACUUUGCCUGAGCAUCACCAUCGCCAUCACAAGGGCGACAAGGACCACGAUGGCAAGGACCACGAUGGCAAGGACCACGAUGGCAAGGACCACGAUGGCAAGGAUCAUGACGACAAGGAUCACCACAAGCGAGCGGAAGCUGUCGAGACUUUGCCUGAGCACCACCAUCGCCAUCACAAGGGCGACAAGGACCACGAUGGCAAGGACCACGAUGGCAAGGACCACGAUGACAAGGACCACGAUGACAAGGACCACGAUGACAAGGACCACGAUGACAAGGACCACGAUGACAAGGACCACGAUGACAAGGACCACGAUGACAAGGACCACGAUGACAAGGACUACGAUGGCAAGGAUCACCGCAAGUAA